AUAAAUUCAGCCAGGGUGGUGACAUUGGUUUCCGAAAUGUGGGGUGGUCCAGUAGGUGUGGCAGGGGCCGGGGCAAAACCGGUGCAUUGGCCUCCUCAGGGCAAUCUCAGACCCGCGCCAACCAACCGGGCAGAGAGACGUGGAUGUGGAUUUCACUCACUCACAAUUUCCUAGAUGGCGACCUUUAAUGUGGCGACGAUCGAUACGGGCCAUGAGGACAUGAUUCAUGAUGCCCAGAUGGAUUUUUUGGGGACGAAAUUGGCUACUUGUUCCUGUGACAAGAAUAUUCGGAUAUUUGAUUUGAACGUGCAGACAGGGACGCAUACUUUUGUGGCGGAACUGAAGGGACAUGAGGGACCAGUUUGGCAGCUGGCCUGGGCACAUCCUCGUUUUGACACGUUACUAGCCUCGUGUUCGUACGAUCGAAGGGUUAUCAUUUGGAAGGAGGUGCUAGAUGUUAAACAUGAUGGGAGGAAAAUCCCAAAGUGGGAGCCAAUGUACACGUAUGAAGGGCAUGAGAGCUCUGUUAAUUCGGUGUGCUGGGCGCCUCCUGAAUGGGGCCUUAUGCUCGCUGCAGGUUCAUCGGAUGGGACCAUCUCUGUCUUGUCGUAUGUCAAUGAUCGCUGGGAGGCUAAGAAAAUCCCAAGUGCACACACGUUGGGCUGCAAUGCUGUUACUUGGUCGCCUCCUACCGGGCCAUCUUCGAUGAGUGCUGGCGAUCCGGGUAGCAAUGCCAUCACAGCCGUAAAGAGAUUCGCGUCAGGAGGAUGUGACAACUUGGUCAAGAUCUGGAAAGAGGAGAACGAGGAAUGGACUGAAGAGACCAAGCUGGAAGGUCACAGCGACUGGGUGCGUGAUGUGGCGUGGUCACCGUCGGCUGGACUUACAAAGAUGAAAAUUGCAUCUUGCUCUCAAGAUCGUCGAGUCAUUGUAUGGAAUAAUCGUGAGAGUGAUGGGGUCAGUUGGACUCCAGAAUUGCUCCAUGUCUUUGAUGAUGUCGUUUGGCAUGUUUCAUGGAACUUUGUGGGUGAUGUAUUAGCCGUGUCGGGUGGUGACAAUCAGGUGAGCCUUUGGAAAAAACGUGAAUCCGAGAGUUGGGAAUGUAUCAGCGACUCUUCCAAAUCGCAGCAACAACAACAUCAUCACUAGCAUCGCCAACCAAAUAGAGUUGAAUUUAAAAAAAAAACGGAAAACACCAUUCCUUCUUUCAACAAACUCAUCAUAUAUUAUACUGUGUACUACACUACCAUUUAUAGAUUUAAUUAUUAUUUAUAAAACCUUUGUGAGCUAUAAAACCAUACAGUUUCAUGGGAAAAUAGUGCGUAUUUUUAUUAGUGGUGCAAGCGUGAGCAUGUCCUCCAAUUGUAACGUAUACUUUUGGUAUGUGUUACGUUUUUCUCCACUAGAAGAGCAAAAAAAUGUUUUCUAUUCUCUCAAGAAUCCCAAAUUUUUACAAACAACUUCACACCCACCAACCAACUAAUAACAACUGCCUGUUAAGCGCAUAGGGGUUCGUAAAUUAUGUACAUAUUUCUCAAAUUAUUAAAUAUAGAUGUAAAAAAUAAAAUAAAUUUAUUAAACAAG